CCGGGCUGGCGGCGGCGGCUCCUCAGACUGAGGCGGCAGGUGACGGCUGAGGGGCGGCCGCGGUCCGCUCUUCUCCUUGGGCAUCGCAUCGCCGAGCGAGCGGAGGGCUCGCCCGCGGCAUGAACCGGGUCCAGCGAGGCGGUGGCGGAGGAAGCCGCGGCCUCGGCACCAUGGAAGUGAAAAGCAAGUUUGGUGCAGAAUUCCGUCGCUUUUCUCUGGAAAGGUCCAAGCCUGGUAAAUUUGAGGAGUUCUAUGGAUUACUGCAGCAUGUGCACAAGAUACCCAAUAUUGAUGUUUUAGUUGGCUAUAUAGACAUUCAUGGAGACCUCUUGCCUAUCAACAAUGAUGACAAUUAUCACAAAGCAGUUUCUACAGCUAAUCCUUUGCUACGGAUUUUCAUUCAACGAAAAGAAGAUGCAGACUACAAUGCCUUUGGAACAGACACUGUGACAAGGAAGAAAAAUGUCUUAUCAAAUGUAUUGCGUCCAGAUAAUCAUAGGAAAAAACCACACAUUGUAAUCAGCAUGCCACAAGAUUUCAGGCCAGUAUCUUCCAUUAUAGAUGUGGACAUUCUUCCAGAAACACAUCGCAGAGUUCGCCUUUACAAAUAUGGAACUGAAAAACCUCUAGGAUUUUAUAUACGGGAUGGUUCUAGUGUCCGAGUGACUCCUCACGGGCUAGAGAAAGUACCUGGGAUUUUCAUAUCCAGGCUUGUUCCUGGAGGCCUGGCUCAAAGUACAGGCCUACUGGCAGUCAACGAUGAGGUUCUAGAGGUGAAUGGUAUAGAAGUUUCAGGAAAGAGCCUUGAUCAGGUUACAGAUAUGAUGAUUGCAAACAGUCGUAAUCUGAUCAUUACUGUAAGGCCAGCAAAUCAGAGAAACAACGUUGUUAGGAACAGCCGGACUUCUGGCAGCUCAGGACAGUCUACGGAUACCAGCCUUCCAAGUUACACUCCUUAUACAGUGCCGGUUUACCAGCCAGAAGAGGAAGACAGUGAUGAAGAUGAUAUCAUUAUUGAAGACAAUGGUGAGCCACAGCAAAUUCCAAAAGCCGCUCCUUCCAGUGAGAGUCUGGAUUCACUGAUGCAUACUGAAACCCAUCAUGAAUCGAUGCAAAAUGGCUUUAUUCCUUCUAGAGAAGCAAACUUAUAUUGUUCAGCAGGCAGCAUUAACAUAGAAUAUGAAAUACAGGACUCAGACCAAAAGUCCUUAGAAGAAGAUGGGACUAUCAUAACAUUGUGAAAUUGUAUUGAUUUAUUUUUGGUUGAUAUGAAGAGGCCAUAACCAUUUUGUACUUGGCUGUACACCUCUGCGGUACAUGCCUCUCAGUUACUAUACCCCAGUGGCUGUUUUGCCUGCAGAACGGAGUUGAGAUAUACAUGUUGUUUUUCAGCAUCUCUUUCCUUUCGGUAUCUUUUUGUGUGAUUCAUACUUUUGGAACAUGGGCUGAUUCUUACAUUAUGACUUCAAGGUAGAAUUGUAUUCCUAUGGCUAAAAAUUAUGCAGAUACAUUAUAUUGUACAAAUUUCAAUGCUCUUACCAACUUUGAGGCAAAUUCCAAGAUGAGAAAAGGUUCGUAGAUUCUCUUGCAGCCCGGUUGCAUGCAUUGUCAUCCAUGGAACAAAUUGCACAAUCACAGUUGCGAAUGCUGUUUUACUUGAAAUCAUGUGAGAACCAGCCUGGAGCAGCUUAUUUGAGUAUAAGAAUGUUAAUAAAACGAAAUAGGCAUGAGUUUACUGCCAUUUUUAGCUCUUCCUGUUCCAAUAAUUUGUAUAAUGAAAGUAAUUAAAGGCUUAAUGAUAAUGGAUGGAUUGACUUCAGUUGUUAUGCGAUUGAACUAAAUAGUUACAAAAACAAAAAGAUGAGAAUUGUGAGUUGCUGAAGAGUUGGGUACUGAGUGGUAUAACUGUUUUUUUUUCCUUAUUCGUGCUUGUCUGUAUGUGAUCUACUGAAGGGAUAAAUCUCCAUUGCUACUUCAUGUGGAUUAGACUCAUUAAAAGCAAUGAAGUUGCUUGUCUGAUCCUGUGUGUAUUUACCCUUUAAUGAAAGAAACUGUGAUCUUGAAAUGUUUGCUACAAUUCAGCCCUGCUAGAGCCAAUAGUAGUUUUCUGUUAACUUCAGCAGGCGUGGAUUAUACCCAUAAUCUGAGUCUUAAAAUAAUGUUUUUAUACCUUAACUAGCUCUCUUAAUUUAUGGCGUCUUAUCCUGCUGUGUCAGUUAUGGAUUGAAUUACAAAUUGCAUUGCAUUGCUGUAUUUCUAAAUCAAACACAAGUGCUACUGAUAGUGUUUGGCUAAGGUGAGCGUUCUUUUGUUGAUGAAGAGGUCCAUAAAGACAGUUGUAUUACCAUAAAAAAAAUCUGGCUGGAUUUGUUUUAGCAACCUUCUGUCAGACAGAAAGCUAUUUUUAUCAAGCGCUUAGUGAAGGACAUCCCUGUAUUUAUAUCUUUUUGGCAUGUGAAUGAAGUUUGUUUGUUUACAAAAAGAAAAUGUACCAACAAAUAAGAUACUGUGAUCUGAAUGUACACCUUUUCAUCAGGGUUGAAUGUGUUUGCCCUGGGUCUUUAACUUUGUAUGUUAUACUACAGAUGAGCAAAACAGUGGGCUGUUAGCUUACAGAAGCAUAGAAACCAAAACAUUAGUGAGAGACUUGGAUGUUAACUUAUUAUGGAAAUGAACAUAUUGGGUUAUUGUGCUGCUUAACUCAUUAACCAUCUUUAACUUUCUUUUGUACUGCUAUCAUAUGCAUGACCACUUUUCAUAUUAUUCUGCAACUGCAAACUUAAGGAAGUGUUAUGUUAAACUGUGUUUUAAAUUUUAUUCUUUAAGUUACCAGCCUCAGUCAGACAGCUUUAAUGCUGGGGUGGAGUGUAAGAAGUGUGUUCUUUGUUUUUAAAAAAGAAAAUCUACAUUGUGUCUAAUAAAGUUAAACUUUUGAGGAUUUGACAGAAUCAAUGAACACCAGGUAGAGGGAGGAUCAGCAGAAGGCUCCCUGCAUUUUGCUAUUAGAAUGACAGGCUGCACUGCAUAUAAUUGCACAGUAAUGCAGUUGCCAUGAUAGGAAACCUUGACAGUUUAUCACUACCUUGUUUUUUAUUAAAUCUAAAAUCAGUUUGUUGAAACAGAAUAAAUCUUUAUAUAUAAAUGGUAAUGGGCUUCAGUAUAACUUAAAUUCUGAUUACUAGAUUUUCAUAUACUACCUCUUAGACUUUUAACAGUGUGUGUGUGUGUGUGUGUGUGUGCAUAUGCACGCACAUGUAGGAAGUGUCUCCAGUUGGAGGAAUACAUGAAGGCUUGAUAUGUGUACGGUUUUUAACUAUCAACCCAGGAUUUGCAGUAAAGUAUUUACAUUUUUAUUGCAGAUUCUAAGAUUCCAUUGUAUGCCCUUUGUAUACAAACAUUCUCAGAUCGUGAUUGAAUCUUACAUUAAAACGUAUGAACAAAUAAGUUGUUCAUCAAAGAAUCAGGAUUCUUUUAACGUUGUGAAUCAGUACAAAGAAUGAAAAGAAUUCAGUCCCCCUCCUUGGCAGUCUGAAGACAGAUUAGCCUUUUAAGUGCACCUUAUCUGAGGACUCAGCCAGACAGCAUAAGAGAUCCAUGAUCUGAUCUUCCAGUGUUUUUAAUUUUCUUUAAUGCCAGUGGGUGAGGGUAAUUUGGAUCUGGACUUGGGACAGUAGAAGUUUCCCUGGUGCUGUUUCCUGGAUAGAAAUAAUGUGCGCAAGCAGACUUUCUCAGCCUCAGCAGGGGGAAAAGACAGGCAACCUGAGAGGGGGAGAUUUCUAUCUUGGAAAAUGUGGGGGAGGGGUAGACAAUAAGGCAAACAAAACAAACAGCAGUUGCUGCCCCACUCCCAAUAGUGGGCCCCUACAGCUGUGUUCUGAAAGAAAUUAAAAGACCGUGGGACGUCCAGUUGUGGGACUCCUGCAUUUCAUCUUACUGAGCCCUGUGAGAAUAAAAUAUGGUCAGGACAGUAUGCUUCCUUUGAAACUAUUUUAUAGUUCCAGAUGAAGUCAAGCUGAACUGUGCAAUCAUUUUUUCUUCCACAGCUAUUAUUAUUUAGGACAAUGUUGUCAUGAGCUGUCUGCAGUGUCUACUUUUAUGACUGUUAUGUAUUUUCUAAUAAUUAAAAAUCUUUAUGCAACUUGAUUUUAACAUGAACAUGUUUAAUAAGUUGAAUGUCAGUAUUUUUUCUUACCACUUCAAUGUAUGAUGUACAUUGGUACCACUGAAUGAACUCUGAUUUUACAAAAAUCAUAUUGGCACUAGCUGUAUGUUAGUCAUAUUUUUACAGACACAAUAAAAAAUGAGUAUUGCUAA